UUUUAUUUCCCCUCUUACCGUCUCAGACAACCCAAACUGAUGACGAGCGUGAAUCCAACCUCUUCCGAGUCGUCGUCGUCGUCGUCGUCGCGCGUGCUGCUGCCAACCACGUUCAAGCCCUCGCACUAUGAUCUGUGGCUGGAGCUGCCUGCUGGGCUGACGAGCGGCGCUACGACUGCGUACGACGGUCGCGUCGCCAUCGACCUCGCCUUCAACGGCGACUCUGCUGCUGCUGCUGCUGCUGAUGCUGCUGCUGCUGAAACGGUGCUCGUUCUGCAUGCGAUCGACCUGACCAUUGCCAGUGCAUCGCUCCAGCUCGACGGCGCGGAUGACCGGAUCCAAGCCAGUGCAACCAGCGUGGACGCAACCGCCGAGACGUGCAGUCUGACCUUCCCAAUUGCUGCGUCCAAGCUUGCCAAGGCCAAGAAAAUUGUGGCGCAUGCCGCGUUCAGCGGCACCCUGAACGACAACCUCGUUGGAUUGUAUCGCUCGAGCUACGAGAUGGGUGGCGAGAAGCGCUACAUGGCCACCACGCAGUUUGAGGCAACGGAUGCACGACGCUGCUUCCCGUGCUUUGACGAGCCUGCGCUCAAGGCGUCGUUUGCCGUCACGCUCGUGGUGCCCGAAAACCUGGUCGCCGUUUCCAACAUGCCUGUUGAGGAAGAGCGCAUCGUCCGCGCGACCGAGGCUGCUGCUGGUAGCAAUGCCAACAAGAAGCUUGUUCGCUUCCAAACGAGUGUUGUCAUGUCCACGUACCUGCUUGCCUUUGUCGUGGGCGAGCUCGAGUUUAUCGAGGCACGCACCAAGGAGGGCAUUCCGGUCCGGUGCUACACCACCCCAGGCAAGAAGCAACAGGCUGCCUUCUCCCUUCGCGUUGCCGUCGAAUCGCUGUCCUUUUAUGGCGAGUACUUUGGAAUGCCCUAUCCGCUUCCCAAGCUUGACAUGCUCGCCAUUCCGGAUUUCGCGGCGGGCGCAAUGGAGAACUUUGGCUGCGUGACGUAUCGCGAAAUUGCCAUUCUGAUUGACGAUGCGAGCUCCUCCGUGUCCUCGAAAGAAAACGUGGCCAUCACUGUUGCCCACGAGCUUGGUCAUAUGUGGUUUGGAAACAUUGUGACCAUGGAGUGGUGGACUGAUCUUUGGCUCAACGAAGGCUUUGCGUCCUGGAUUUCCUACUUCGCUGUGGAUCGUCAGUUCCCAGAGUGGCAGCUGUGGACGCAGUUUGUCAACCACGACUAUGCCUCUGCUCUCAAGUUGGAUGCACUGCUCAGCUCCCAUCCGAUCGAAGUCGAGGUCAAGACCUCGGGCGAAAUCAAUGAAAUCUUUGAUGCCAUCUCAUAUUCGAAAGGCUCCUCUGUCAUUCGCAUGCUCGAAGCGUACUUGGGUCCCACGGACUUUUGCAACGGCCUGCGUCUGUACAUGAAGCGCCAUCGCUUCGGCAAUGCCAAGACUGCCGACUUGUGGAAGGCUCUCGCGGAGGCCAGCGGCAAGCCCGUCGAGCAGGUCAUGAACCUGUACACCAAGCACACGGGCUACCCUCUGCUCAGCCUUGUUGAGCUGACCAAAGAAGGCGAUGAACAGCGCUCGUUCACACUUUCGCAGCAGCGCUUCCUCUUGGACGACUCUCCGGCCGCCGCCUCAGCAGAGGCAAGCCCAAUCUGGUGGAUUCCGGUCAGCAUCAAAAGCAACGGACUUGAGCAGCCCAUGAACUUUGCCGUGACGUCCCAAGUUCAUUCCUUCACCUUGCCCGCCUCGGUGAAGCCUCACCAUUGGAUCAAGCUGAACGCGGAGCAAACUGGUCUGUAUCGCGUGCACUACCCCACCGCUCAUAUGACUGCGCUCGCGGCACAUGUGGCUUCGACCGCCAAGCUCUCUGCGUCCGAGCUUGCUGCCAUCCCCUCGGCGGCACUUGUGACUGCCAGCGACCGCCUUGGCAUCGUGAGCGACAUUUUCGCCAUUGCAAAGCGUGGCAUCAUCCGCACCAGCGAUGCUCUCGAGUUUGGCCGUUUCUUUGUUGACGAGACGAAUUACAAUGUCUGGGCCGAACUGAUCAGCAACAUGAGUGAGGUGGCCGCCAUUUGGGCCAACACGGACGCGCAAACGUACGCGGCCUUGUCGGCGUUCAUUCUGCGGAUUGUGUCCCCGCUCGCCAAGCGCUGCGGCUACUUUGAUGUUCCCGAGAAGGGCGAAGACCACAUGCAGUCGUUGCUCCGGGCCUUGGCUGUCCGCACCGCUGGUUACUUCGGCGACACGGCUGUCGUUGAGCGUGCCCGCCAAAGCUUUGCAGCGUUCUUGGCCAACCCGAAAGCGUUGCAUCCCGACCUCCGCUCUACGGUGUACAGCAUUGUGGCCAAGUGGGGCACCGAGGCCGAGUUUGAAUCUCUCAUCAAACUGUACGAGACUGCCGAGCUUCACGAAGAGAAGGUUCGGGUUCUUGGUAACAUUGCCCAUGUGUCCGACCCGAAGCUGAUUGAGCGAGUCCUGGCAUACUCGCUUUCUGACCGUGUUCGCACCCAAGACUGCAUCUUCCCUUUCCGCGCCUUUGCAGGAAACCGUCACGCCAGCGGAUUGGUCUGGCAGUUUGUGCAAGGCCGCUGGGAAGAGCUGGACAAGCGCUUCAGCCAGGGCAACAUGAACAUGAUUGGCAGCUUCAUCAACAGCGCCGCUGCCGGCUUUGCGUCGCAUGCGAAGGCGGACGAGGUUGCCGCUUUCUUCAAGACGCGCCCUGUGCCAAGCGCCGAACGCACAAUCAAACAAGCGAUCGAACGCAUCCAUGCUCGCGCCAAUGUCUUGGAUCGCGACCGCGCUGUCAUGGCAGAGUACCUUGCCAAGUUCUAAGUUCUACUAGAGACUCUGAAACAGACCCCACCUUUUUUUUCUGUCUUUUUUUGAUGGAGACUGACCAAAUAAACAUUUGCGUGCA